CUGCCCAUUCUGUCAAACCGUGCGUGUCCCAUCUUUAUUGAUUUUUUUCUGUUCUGAAAAACAAAAAAAACAAUAAAAAAGAAGAAGAAAAUAUCUGGAUGUGUUAUUCAGGUUUGUUCGAUUCAGAGAUAAGUGUUACAGUGUAAAAUCCCUGGAGAGAUAGAGAGAUACAGACAAGGAUAAGGGACGAGAGAAGUAACGAUUACUAUCUUUCUUCUAUUUUUGUUCGUUAUUACAACCUUUUCUUUUUCUUUUUGAGUUUCGUUUUUUCUCCCUCUUACCUUUUCUCCUCUUUCUCGCUCGAUUUCAAUUUGGGAGAGAAAGGAGCGGUCUUUUGUUUUUCCCAGGGUUUAUCACCAAAGAUUGCGUACCAAAGCUUGUAUCUUUUUUUUUGUUUUUUAACUUUCUGGGGUUGUGUAGAUCUCUCCUCUGUUAACUCAUCUGCAAAAAUGGUUGAGGCUUGUUCGAUGUACUGAAAAUUAGGUUUUUUUUUGUUCCUUUUCAUUCAGAAGCAAAUCUGGUUAUGUGUUUAGAGAAUAAAGUGCGAGACUUUUGACUUAUUCAGAGCUUGUUAGGGGUGAGUAGUGUGAAGGGUUUUUGUGCCAAAUAUGAUCAAACAGAUAUUUGGGAAAUUGCCUAGAAAGCCUUCGAAGUCUUUGCAAAAUGAUUCUAAUGGUGCAGGAGGGGUUAACUCUUAUUAUGCUCCCAAUUCCAGUAGUAGUAGUAGUAGUACUAGUUCUGUCUCGAAACCUUCUUCAAAAUCUUCAGCUUCUGGUUCACGUGUAGCUAAUGGAACUCUUGCUCCUAACUCAUUGAGCUCUAACAAGACUAAUCAAGGGAAGAAACCAUUGGGAGGAGAUGGUGUUGGUGGGGUUUAUGAGGAUUUGCCUAGCUUUAGAGAUGUUCCCAUGUCUGAGAAACCGAAUCUCUUUAUCGGGAAGUUGAGUAUGUGCUGUGUUGUCUUUGAUUUUAGUGAUCCUUCAAAGAACCUUAAACAGAAAGAGAUUAAACGGCAGACAUUGCUCGAGCUCGUUGACUAUAUCGCAUCGGUUGGUGUGAAGUUCAAUGAUGUCACGAUGCAAGAACUCACAAAGAUGGUAGCGGUUAAUCUGUUUAGAACGUUUCCUUCUGCGAAUCACGAGGGUAAAAUUCUUGAAAUGCAUGAUAUGGAUGACGAGGAGCCUUCGAUGGAACCAGCUUGGCCUCAUAUUCAAGUUGUGUAUGAGAUUCUGCUCAGAUUCGUAGCUUCUCCCAUGACUGACGCAAAGCUUGCAAAGAGAUAUAUUGACCAUUCCUUUGUCUUGAAGCUGUUAGACUUGUUUGAUUCCGAGGAUCAAAGAGAGAGGGAAUAUUUAAAAACCAUUCUGCAUCGGGUGUAUGGGAAGUUCAUGGUGCAUCGACCCUAUAUCAGGAAGUCUAUUAACAAUAUCUUCUACAGACUCAUAUCCGAGACUGAAAAGCACAAUGGUAUUGCAGAGUUGCUAGAGAUUCUUGGAAGUAUAAUUAAUGGUUUUGCUUUGCCUUUAAAAGAAGAGCACAAGCUCUUCCUUCUGCGAGCCUUGAUACCUCUGCACAAGCCGAAAUGUUCGUCGGUCUAUCACCAACAGCUUUCUUAUUGUAUAGUUCAGUUUGUAGAGAAGGACAUCAAGCUCGCUGAUACCGUUAUUAGAGGCCUUCUAAAAUAUUGGCCUGUGACUAACAGCUCAAAGGAAGUUUUGUUUCUUGGAGAAUUAGAAGAAGUCUUGGAAGCAACUCAAGCUGCUGAGUUUCAACGCUGUAUGGUCCCUUUAUUCCGACAAAUUGCUCGAUGUCUCAACAGUUCACAUUUUCAGGUCGCUGAAAGGGCAUUGUUUCUAUGGAACAAUGAUCACAUAAGAAACCUAAUCACACAGAACAAUAAAGUGAUAAUGCCAAUAGUCUUCCCAGCUCUUGAGAGAAACACGCGUGGACACUGGAACCCAGCAGUUCAGAGUCUGACCAUAAACGUGAGGAAAGUAUUCUGCGACAUUGACCAAGUUCUCUUCGACGAGUGUUUAGCCAAAUUCCAAGUAUCAGAAGAGAAUAAAGCAGAGGUUAAAGCGAAACGCGAAAGAACAUGGCAGUGCUUAGAAGAUUUAGCAACUUCAAAUACCAUUGUAACAAACGAGGCAGUACUGGUUCCAAGAUUUGUAUCCGCAGUCAAUCUUGCAAGCAGCUCUGAGUCCACAGGAAACCUAAUCACACAGAACAAUAAAGUGAUAAUGCCAAUAGUCUUCCCAGCUCUUGAGAGAAACACGCGUGGACACUGGAACCCAGCAGUUCAGAGUCUGACCAUAAACGUGAGGAAAGUAUUCUGCGACAUUGACCAAGUUCUCUUCGACGAGUGUUUAGCCAAAUUCCAAGUAUCAGAAGAGAAUAAAGCAGAGGUUAAAGCGAAACGCGAAAGAACAUGGCAGUGCUUAGAAGAUUUAGCAACUUCAAAUACCAUUGUAACAAACGAGGCAGUGCUGGUUCCAAGAUUUGUAUCCGCAGUCAAUCUUGCAAGCAGCUCUGAGUCCACAGGGUAG